CAGCCGUCUCCGUCGAACGCCUUCUCGAGGGCACCCAUAUUCCUCGAAGGCAACAGCAUGCAUCAGCUGCUCAGGACGCAAGUUUUGAAUAUCCGCGAAGUAUCGGCGACGAUCUGCGCAAGCUUGCUGAUCUCGCUCGUGAGCUCCCGCUUUUGGAUACCACGAAGCUCGAGGAGUCGGACUGGCCGCGACUCGGGCGAUCGUCCAGCAACUGCGCGACAUUCGCAGAGCACCUCAGAUCGAGAGAAUGAAGACACGCGGUGUCGUAGGGCGGUGGCUUCAAAUAAACAGAAGCGAAGAAAGAGCAACUGACUUUGAGCGAGACGAUCAAGUCACUCACAGCGACGGUCAGGGAUGCUCGACGUCCGUAUGUGGGGUCUUUCGCAUGAUGCAUCAUCCCUACUUCCGACUGACAUGCUGGCAAGCCAUAUCCCACAGACCGCUGCCCAGGUACUCGAGACAGUAUUAUUGCUCCAUAUCUCAUUGGGCUUGCCACUUGAAAUCUGUUGGCAGAUACUUGACACAGCGGAAUAUUGGCUGCAAAUCAGACACGUAGAUCUCUAUCCCUUGGUGCAAGACUGGCAACACCCGACUUUGCGUAUUGGCAGCCCAAAACAGGCGGCAGGCUUACAACAUCUCCGCAGAGUGGUACUUGCAAUCGGGGGGUUCAGCAGAGUCUCGCGUGAAGCUUGGAGCGACUUACUCUGGAUAUCACUCGAGGUUCAGACGGGCGGCGACCUGCCUCCCAGACGUGUUACCUUCCACAAUGGUUUUUCGGGACCCCCGUGGGGACGGGAGCUGGACACGCCCGCGGUCCAUGUCAUCAAAUGGGACUACAGGGCUGCUAGCAACUCCGAGGACGAUGACGAGACGCGAAAGGUUCUGCAACGGCUCCGAGCGGAAGACGGUCUCGCGAUCACUCUGACGGGGAGUCGGCCAAGUUGGAUAGAGCAUGUGCAGUUGUUGCGCGUUGAGUUGUAUUAUUCAUGCGCAUAGACGUGGUUUGUGUCGCUGGUGCCAUGUUGGUGAGUCGUCAGUCGUGGCGCUACCAUCUGUGUUUGUGGCGGGG